AUGUCUCUCUCAUCAAGCAGGAGGCCCUCUGCAGGAUCUCGCAGGCGGCCCACUACUGUUGGUAGUACCAGGCUGUCUUAUGUGGACUCGUCCAUCAGUUCUAGUUAUUCUACAUCCACCUGCAAAGCCAGCGACUGCAGUCCCAUGUCCCGUUCUCACCCAGUCACUCCCAGACGUCAAGCAAAGUAUGCGACCUGCAGCAGUAAUCACGGGAUACGUCCUCCACCUCCAGAGCAGUACCUCACGCCUUUGCAACAGAAAGAAGUUUGUAUUCGACACUUACGCGCCCGACUGAAAGAAAACGUUGAGAGGCUGCAGGACAGAGAUUCAGAGAUUGGAGAGUUGCGAAUGCAGCUAACACGGAUGCAGGAGGACUGGAUUGAGGAGGAGUGUCAUCGCAUCGAAGCACAGCUGGCCCUGAAGGAGGCAAAGAAAGAGAUCCGUCAGCUCCAGCAGGCUGUAGAGACGGUCAGGACCAACCUGGGUAUUCGAGAUCCCAACCAACAGGAGUAUAAUCCGGGCGGGCUGGGCGCAGGCCGAAUGGGAUCCCGGCCUGGUCCAUCCCGCUCCUGCGGCUGCUCUCCGGCCCACACCCUGACCCGCAGCACCACUUUCACCAGGUUCAGCAGCGACACGCCCUCACCUGCCGAACAUAAUGGGAACGUGGUCGUUGACCGGGCAGGAUCCACCAACCAAGUGGCCGCACCCAAAGGUGAUGGAUGCACCCACUUGCUUCUGGAGGCGGCACUUCUCUCAGAGCAUCUCAGACCCAUCCAGCCCACCAUGCCACGGUCCUCAACGUAUGAGAAGCUGUGCAGCGGGGAGACGAUUCUGCCCGUCAGCCGACCUUGCCAUGCCUUUAACAGCAGCUGUAGCUGUAUAGCACAUGCCUACCUGCCGCAUCACCAUCUCUUCUUGCACCUCCCACAGGAGGAGGUGCCGCCUCCUUGCCCUAGCCCUCCCCCACCCCCUCCCCCUCCUCGCCCGCCUCCAGCAGAUGAGGUCAGCGACAAGCCGGGCUUUAGAUCGCAAGCCUGCAGCCCAACCAUCACUUGGAUCUCUGAAGAAGGUGGAGGUGAGGAGCUUAGCAUGAUCACCACGGCAACCAGUGCCGUGGACACUAUGCUGACGGAGUCAACGCCGUUCUCUCCGCCCUCCACCGCCACAUCCCCAGCUCAGCUUUCCUACAUAGCAGAGGCUUUCCCUUCCGAGAGUACCAGGGAAUCAACUCCUGCCACCACGAUAACAGCGGUCAUUACAACACCGCAGCUCCAGCAACCAACCAGAAGGCUGCAGCCUGGGGAAGGGCCUCAGGAGGUUGUGGUGGUGGAGGUGUCUGAAGAGCACAAAAGAAAUGGUAUCAGUACAGAGGGAGAGGAGGAGGAAGAGGAGGAGCAGGCUGCACCCCAAAGGAGCCACUGGAGUCGCUAUUUCCUGAUUGACCUGUUGGCUGUGGCAGUACCCGUGGUGCCAACAGUAGCUUGGCUUUGCCGUGGUGCCCAGCGCGAUACCAUGCCUGUUUACCACAUGGGCUCUCUUCUCCGUGGCUGCUGUGCCGUGGCCCUGCACUCGCUACGUCGGAUGGGCAGUGCCCGCGGCCGAGGUCCCACAGGGACCAGUGGUGCCACACCCAUCUAA